AUGGCAGCGGAGCGUAAGCAGGCAUUGGAGAAAAUGCGAGCUGCACGUGCUGGAGCGUCCAGCCUUGACGACUAUAUUGUUCCGGAAGCCAAACAGAUCCUGCAGGAGGUUUCGGAGGAGGAGUACCAGACAAUCGUGGCAGCGAGGCAAAGCGAAUGG